AUGGGUAACUGUAUGUCCACCUGCUGCGGCCGCCGUAAGAGGUUCGAGCUACCGGACUUCGAAAUGGUGACACUCCCUCGUAGCAACGAGGGAGAAAGUCUGCAACUGCAGCAACAUUCUCCUGACUUGACUACAUUGCCUAUUGGCAUUGCCUUGACCACGAAUGAAGUCAUCGCAGCCCCGGUUCCCGUUAUCAACGAGACAGCUUCUAACCAAGCCCCCAUUGUCAACGAGACAACCUCUAACCAAGCCCCCGGUGGCAACGAUCCUCCAGUCGAUGAAGAUUCACAUUCACUUACAAAUUCGCUUCAAGAUGUUACCAUCAACAACAUCCAGGUUGAGACCGCUAGACCGGUCAACUAUAGUCGCCCAGGGGCGUACAGACUGGUGACCAGUACGUCAGCAGUUAAUAUUCGCGAUCUCAGAGAGACUAGCUGUGGAGAUGUUUCCCCUCCCCGCCUACGCCCAUCAGCUACUAUGAGCAAUUUGAAACCGCUACCCAAGUAUCCUAAUGACGAUCCUGUAGCUGCCUACAUCGCUCGAGAACACAUGAUGCUCGAGGAGGCCUGGAAGAUCUUGGUGCCUGACAAGGCGUUCAUAGUUGAUUUCAAUCGGGAACGCAACGUGAGACGACCACGAAUUCUCCGAGGGUCCGUAGAGGGCACGUCCUCGAACGACGUGAAGAACGACGUGAAGAACGACGCGCCCGUCAAGGAUGAAAACAACAAUAUGGAAGCUCCGGAGAAGAUUAAUGAGAUCGGCGGCACUGGCGCGACUCAAGAGGUUGGUGAAGAUAGCGAGAAUCCGAAGAUCCUCAUCCGCAUACUUCGUCAGAAAAUUUUGCAACUCGACGAUAUGAUGUCGCAAGUCAGAACGGGGGAGGUUUCAAUAAAGCCCAUUCCUAAUCCUGACAUUGAUGAUGCCAACGACCCCGAUAAUCCGGCCACCUCGUCUCCUAUUAGACGUUCCAACAACCCUGACAGUGCUGUCAAUGGCACUUCUGAUAUUAGUGAACCAAGCAUCCGAGAGGCUGAGAUGGAUAUGAGCUCCUCGAAUUUCGUCGGCAGCCCUCAUCGCAUGGGCUUACCACGUCGUCCUCGUCCCGUUGGUAUUAUUGGGCCAUCGACGCCCACUGGAUCCUUUGAUCAACCCACUGAGCUACACCACGAAACCCACAGUCGUGACGAUCUGGACACCGAGACUGAACACCCGCUCAUGUUAUCCGAAGCGGGACCGUGUCAGAGCGUCAUACGUGAUACACUGCCCCAAGUCCCGUCUGGUGAUGAGGAGCGCGAUCAUACCCUCUACGCAGUAGCUUUAGAGGAUGUUACGAAAAACUACCAUGAGGCAAAACCGGUCAUCCUCGCCAAGGUACGCCGGUUCGUCGCGAGCGAACGUACAGUUGUCAAGGUUGUCGAGACCAUCCUGGCCAUGACAGACGACGUCAUUGACGCAUGCGUCAACGACGAAAACAGCCUCGAGAUAGUCCAGAUGAUGGUGACAGGGUCUUGUCAGGGAUCCGAGCUCAUUCCAAGUGGUAAGAUAACCCCAACUUUCAAGGAAAAGCUUGAUAAGGAGGCCGAAGCAGCAAAGGAGCGCAAGGCGAUAGCCCUGCUGGAGAAGUGGGCGGCCGAGGCCAAGGCCAAGGAGGAGGCCGAGGAGAAGGCCAAGGAGAAGGGCAAAGGGAAGGAGAAGGCUGAGUGA